GAGGACCUGAUUUCACUGGCCAAGCAAAGUGACCUGCCGGUUAAAAAGGUGGAGACCUGGUUCCGGCACCGGCGGGCCCAGGACCGGCCCAGGCUGAUGAAGAAGUUCUGUGAGGCCAGCUGGAGAUUUACAUUCUAUUUCACCUCAUUCUUCUCUGGGCUGGCUCUCCUCUAUGAUAAGUCCUGGUUUUGGGACCACACAAUGUGCUGGCUGAGAUUUCCACAACAGCCUCUCCCUCCCGCGUUGGGCUGGUUCUACCUGCUGGAGCUCUCCUUCUACUGCUCGCUGGUGGCCACCCUGCCCUUCGACGUGAAGAGGAAGGACUUUAAGGAACAGAUCAUCCACCACAUCGCCACCAUCACUCUGAUCUUUGUCUCCUACUGUGCCAAUCUUAUACGGUUUGGGAUGAUCGUCAUGUUGGUCCAUGAUGCCUCCGAUUAUAUUUUAGAGCUUGCCAAGAUGCUCCAUUACAUGAAAUGGAAGUGGGUCUGCGAAGCAGUCUUUAUUGUUUUUGCUGUGGUUUUCAUCAUCUCCCGGCUUGUCGUUUUCCCGUUGAUCACAUACUAUUACUUUGUGACAAAAUUUCAGUUCUUCAUCGUAAGCUGUCUGAUAAACGCUUUCCUGAUGAUCCUGCAGUUGUUACAUGUUUUCUGGUCCUAUCUAAUCAUCCAGAUGAUCUUCAGUGUCAUCCUCUGUGGUGAGAAAAGAAAAGAUGCCCGAAGUGACACUGAGGAAAGCGACAGGAGCGAAGCGGAGGAUCUGGUGAAGAACAAAGAGUAA